AUGCCUCGCAGAAAGCAAGCCGAAGCCGUCGCCACGACCCCGCAGGUGUCGCGCGGAAGAAUGACGAGGGCCCGGGCGAGGGCGAUUUCGGAGAGUGAUCAGCCCGAGGAAGUCUUCCAGACCCCGGAGACUGUCACCCGGAAGAGGGGCAAGAAGGCCAAGAAGCCGGCCACCCCGGUUGUGGCCCAGCCGACGGAUGACUUUAUGGAUGAGGAUGAGCCAGAAAACGUGCCACCCGUUCAACAGGCCGCUCACGCAGAAUUCAACCCGGAGCCGGUGAUCUCUGAAGACGAAUAUAUGGAUGCCGAUGAACCCAAGGACGAACGACUCUCUUCCGGCACUUUUGUGAUCACCAGAGAUGAUGAGAAGGAAGAAAAAGCCCCGGCCACCCCGAAGGCUAUAUUCGAUGAUGAGGGCCAAGCGGCCACUUCACCAAUCGCAGUCAGCCCAGUCAAGUCGCGCUCACGCAGCAGGGGCCCGCUGACGCCAGGCGAACGUUUCCGCAAGGAUCACGAGAAGCUGGCCGCCAAUAUCGAGACGCUCGAGGAGCGCGCUGCACGGCUAUCUGCUAAGCGACAGCAGCACAAGAAGGAUACUGCCGGUACAGUCUUCGAUCGUCUCUCCACUCCAAGGCAAAACCACGUGGCUGCCCUCAACGACGCCAAGGGAUUCGAUUUCGGCUCGGGAAAGAAGAUUGACACCAACUUCGGCACUGGCAACCGAAAAUUGCAAUUUGAGGGCGUUGAUGUUCCCAAUAAUGAAAAGCGAACGCCGUCGGGCAAGAAGGGCGUUGCUCAGGUCGACGUGAAGUCUCGCACCCGGCCCCAAUCCACUCGUAAAGAGGAUCAAGAAGCAGCGCGUUCCGCUGCCCGUCAGCAGGCCGUCGACAAGAAGCGCAACUUCACCCCAGCUAAACUGACCAUGCCGACGACAAAUCCGAACAUCGAGCGUCUUGCCACUCCGAAGAGCGCUCUUCGCGCAGGUGAUUCUCGUCGUAUGGCGAAGGAAAGCCGUGGCCGUGGCCCAAUCACCAAGCAUGCUCCAGGAGUGGCCUUCGUUGACACCACACAGCUUUCCGACGUCCAAUUCACCCGUGCCAUCGAGCUCGGAAUUUUGGUGAAGAAGGGUGCGGCAAUCAUCUUUGAGGAGCCGAUCUACACGGAACUGCUGGGCGCUGCCGGCACUCGGAAGGAAAAGACGGUGCUCACCGAGAUCCGCAGCCGAAUCAUUGCCAAG